AUGGACUCUAUCUGUAAAUCCAGGAGGAAACUUGCAGCAAAUUCUCAUCAGUUCUCAUCAUUCAAAGACCAUUUCAAUCUCGAUAAGCUCGACAUGGAAAGAUGCCUGGAUGAUAAUGAAGGUUUGUGGUUGUCUUCAGAUUUUCCUUCGCCUUCGAAUUUUUUCGCAGAGCACAGACUCUCUGAAGAAACUUUCCUGGACGGCCUGGAUCCAGGGAAUUAUGAAAUACAUUUAGGAACCAGUCUCGAAUUGACUUCUUCAGUUUCGGAUAAGGAGAAAACUUGUAGCCCCAAUCCUGAAGAGACCCUGGAAGAUUUGGAUGAUGAUGAACCCCUAUUCUGGCCAUUUGAACUUGAACGGUGUUGGAAUCCUGAAGAAACCUGGAAAAGUUUCACAAUGUCUCCCCGGAAAGACAUAGAAAAACUUGAAAAUACUCCUGGAGGGACCUGUAAAACCCAUUCAAAAGAGAGGCAUAAGAGAAAAGCAAUGAUGAACUCAGGCAGUAGCAAUAAGAAUGUCAGGAAACUCAACAACAUGCCUUCAAGAUUGCGAAAUUCGAAAAAACAUUCUGCAAAAAUUGUUCCAUUAGAGAUUGAAGAUAAUAUAAAAGAAGCAACAUCUAAGAAUAGUUAUCUCUUCCAGGAUGUUCUUGCAAUGAACCAGGAAGUUCCAAUCGAGACUUUUUUAGGCCUUGGCGAAUUCGAUGGACAUGAGGGGGUUGAUUCUGAUGUUAAUGUAGAUGCUUUCUUCAUGGAAGAGUGUUUAUGA